AUGUCAGAGUACGCCUUCCGAAAGAUCAACAUCGACGCGCUCGAGGAAGACGUCUUACUUCCUUCGGACCUUUACGACCCGGAUCCAAGAGGUCCAGAUGGGGUGUUGAGUGAUGCUCAGAGGAAAGCAGGCGAAGUCAGGAAUUUGGUUUCUAGGGGCGAUAUACCUGGUGCAUUAAAUACGAUCUUGUCUGAACCUCCUUAUGGAGAUGGUGUGGACGAAGCUAAAGACCUCACGACAAAUUCCCUUCUUCUCAUACUCAAUUCCACUCGAGCAUCUGAGAUCCCGACUAUCCUCAAGAGUCUAGGUCAGGAACAACAAGAUCACCUCAUGGCUUAUAUCUACAAGGGAAUGGCAGCUAUAGGUCAAGGUUCGGACGUAUCAGGUUCGGUAUUAUUGAAUUGGCAUGCUCAGCUCACCGAAGUCGCUGGUGUAGGCUGUAUAGUCAGAGUAAUGGCAGAUAGAAGGACUCUUUGA